UGCUUGCUGAGCAAACAGAGAGACGCUUAUAAACACCCCUGGCAGUGGGGAGUGUGCGCUCUUCUGGUGGCCCUGGGGUGUGGAUGAACGUGGACAUGGGACCCCGAGGCAUCUGGCUCCUGGCUGCGCUUCUCCUGCUGGGUGUGUGCACCCUGGCAGGGGCCCAGAAACCAGAUGCCUGCCAGUGCUCGCGCCGGGAACCCCAGAACAGGGUGAACUGCGGCUUCCCAGGCAUCAGCAGUGAUGAGUGCUUCUCCAGAGGAUGCUGCUUUGACUCCAGCGUCGUCGGGGUCCCCUGGUGUUUCAAUCCCCUCCCGAAGCAAGGGAGACUUCAGGGGAUCCGGGUGCUUGACUGUAUUUGA